UUUUUUUAUUUUUUUCCCUCUAUCGUUAUAUAAAUCUAAUUAAAAAUGUAUUUGAUGUAUUAUUUGGACCCCAAGGGUGAGCGUAUCUAUACACUCAAGAAGACCGAUCCUAAGGGUUUGCCCACCAAGUCAGCUCAUCCUGCACGUUUCUCCCCCGAUGAUAAAUUCUCUCGCCAACGUGUUACCAUCAAGAAGAGAUACAACAUUUUGCUUACUCAACUUCCCGCUCGUCCUUAUUAAAUAGUCUUUUUUUUUCAUAUUUUCCCUCAACAAUAUUUACAAACAGCAUGUCAUUUUGGGGGACUAGGAAAAAAGGGAGGGAAAAGGGAGGAUUAUAUACAUUUCUUUUAAUCCAAAUCUUGUAACAUAACACAUUUAAAAAAUAAAAAACAUCUUGUUUCCUACAACACCA